AUGGCAAAAUUAACAAGUAGUCAAAAGGCAGAAUUACAAGAUGCAUUUAAUCUAUUUGAUUCAGAUCAAUCAGGAAAAAUUUCAAGAAAUGAAUUAAAAAAUGUAUUGAAUGCACUGAAUAUUCAAGUGACUGAUAAUGAAUUGAAACAAACAAUGUCUCAAAUGGACGGUGACAUUGAAUUCGACGAAUUUUGUCGAGUAAUGGGGCAAACAUAUUUUAAAAAAUAUACACGUGAAGAAUUACAAAAUACAUUUAGAAACUUUGAUUCCGAUGGGUCAGGUUACAUUCAAGCAAGUGAAUUAGAAACGAUUAUGUCACGACUGGGUAAACGAAUGAAGAAAAGUGAAAUUGAUCAAAUGAUCAAAUCUUUAGAUACGACUGGCGAUGGUCAAAUUGGAUUUGAUGAAUUUGUCAAAUUAUUUGAUUAA